AAAUCCUUACGUGGCAGUCUCACCGAAGCUAGCUAGGAAGUUUACAAAAUAUCCUCUAUAGCUUGUUCUGAGGCUCCUGCUGCGAUACAUGUGCAAUUUUAGGGGAUAUUUGAAAUCGCUGGUACACAGAGAAUCUACAAUUGUCACGUAACGCUAGCUAAAAUCUAAGCAUGUUCACGGCUUCAGAGAUCGUUGUUCUUCUUGGGUUCAUGUCCGCAACAGCGUCCGGCUACUUCGUUAGCAUAGACGCUCAUGCAGAUGAGUGCUUCCAUGAGCGGGUUAACUCGGGAACCAAGAUGGGCCUGAUGUUUGAAGUUGCUGAGGGGGGCUUUUUGGACAUUGACGUUGAGGUGAGAUGGAAUUUGUGCUUUUGUGAUUGAUUUGGGUUCACUUGCGCAAAGAUGGUGGGGAGUGGCCAGCGAGAUGGCUAAUGUCGCUAGCUAACGUUAUACAGGAAUAAUUGUUAGUUAGCUAGCUACUCGCUGCCAUUCCUAACAGCUGUCAGUGUCACAUAACUUGAAACAGGUCAUCCACAUUUCUUUGACAGCCGACUAUAGGUACUGCUCCACCACAUUAUGCAUUCACCAGCAGAUAGUUGAGAAUUGUAGUCAUACAAAUUAGAUCCAUAUUUUUAAGGGAUUUCACAAGUAGGUAAGAUGUUUGCUACCAUGUGGUGCAGACCGCCCCAAUUCCCCAACCACUGAAUGAAAUAUUUUGCAAAAACGGUCCAGACAAUUUUUAAAAUCUUGAUUAGAGCGCUAGCACACCACAACUAUGUUGCAACAUGAGGUGUCUAAUAUUUGUAUGAUAUUGUCUAAUAUGUAGAUAACAGGACCUGAUGGCAAGCAGAUCUACAAAGGAGACCGAGAGUCCAGUGGAAAGUACUCCGUGGCAGCUCACAUGGAUGGGACCUACAAGUUCUGCUUCAGCAACAAGAUGUCCACCAUGACACCCAAGAUCGUCAUGUUCACUAUUGACAUUGGAGAGGCACCCAAGGGACAGGACAUGGAGACUGAAGGUAAGCUUUAGUUGUGUGUGUGUGUGUGUGAAUUAAAGGUAGAAUCAGCGAAAUGACACUGCCAUGUGCAGCACCGCAGAUAUUGAGAUGAGCGAGAUGUAUGACUUUGCUCUCACACAGUCACACACAGUAUCUGCGCAUGUGCACGGGUUCGCUUCCUGCUGAUGACAGCGUGGUAGCCAGGGCACCAAAACAGCAGAGAAGUUGAGCCUCGCGCUUCAAUACUUUUAGUUGUUGCGGAAAUUGACCUACUAUGCUGUUUACUUUCUGCAUCUACAUCAUAUCGCUGAUUCUACUUUUAAGCUCUAUUCUUCAUAUUUGUCAAUUGCUAUAACGGAUGAUCACAUUUCUGUUUUCACAUACUAUUCCUCUUUUCUUUAUGGUUCUAUUGUUCUCUUUCUCUUCAUCCUUUUGACUGGGUUUGACUGUCUUUCGCUUCACCCAGGUGGAGAGAGUUGGGAUGGUAGGAUUCACGCCUCGCCUGGAACUAUGUUUGCCCAAAUGCAUUCGGUUUCCUCUAAUCUGAGUUGAAUGAGUUUUCCAGUGCAAUCUAAUGUUCACGAAUCACCACUUAGUUACAUUAGUACAUGUUGCCUGGGAAUGAUGUGAGGAAAAUGUGUCUGAAAUAACCCCUCACAAUUUAUAGAUGCAGGAAUAUGUUGUGUGCAUGAUUUGAGACAUCCAAGACAGAGACUAGUAAUGUUGUUUUGCAGAGUGUUUUAAUUGACAAAACACAACUUUGUUUGGAAGUUGUGUGUCUUCAUUGUUUACUCUAAUAUGCAUGUAAUUUUCAGUAGAAUGUUGUGGAUUCUACGAUGAUCCUAAUUGGUUGGUUGUGUGUUCUGUUCCAGCCCACCAGAACAAGCUGGAGGAGAUGAUCAACGAGCUGGCGGUUGCCAUGACGGCUGUCAAGCAUGAGCAGGAGUACAUGGAGGUCCGGGAAAGGAUACACAGAGCCAGUGAGUUACACUGCACGUGAAAUAAGUGUCAGAGUAGACUAGUUAAGAACUUCAUUGUUAUGUUGCGUGUGCUGCAGUGUUUAGUGCUGACAGUUGGUCUUGAACUUAUUAGUCAUUGUUUUCUGUUUUCUUUCCAUCCAGUCAAUGACAACACAAACAGCAGGGUGGUUCUCUGGUCGUUCUUCGAAGCCCUGGUCCUGGUGGCCAUGACUCUGGGACAGAUCUACUACCUGAAGAGGUUCUUCGAAGUGCGCCGAGUUGUGUAACACCUCAAACCUUCCCACUGUGACUUCCUGUUGCACUGUUAUCUCAGCACAGAGACAGCAAAACAGUCACACCUUGGAAAUAAGACUCUUGGCAGAUUUCAGUAAAAGUCUGAGUACAAAUUGGAUCCCUUUGUUUUUUUAAAAAUGUUUUACCCUGUUACCACUUGUUAUUUCCAUCUUCAUGUGCUUGUUACUGUUGUAUGUGUUUUGAACUCUAGGCCUUUCAAAGAUCAUAGGGUUGAUGAUGUCAAGUUUGAUUUAUUUUCUCAUCGCUGCGGGAGCAAAUUAUUUGUUAUGGAUUACUCCACGCAGCUUGGUCAACUGCAACUACUAGCCAUGCACUAGCCAGGGAGGUUGUCUGUCUGUCUAUAGUCAGUGGAUGGGCUGUAUAAAGUAACAAAACCAGGACCGGCAUUUGCGAGAUGCACACUGAUGUUUAUGCAAGAAUGUAUCCCUUAUUUGACCCAUUGUUUGGACCCCUUUGCAAUUGAUAUGACGAAGUAGUUGAUAUAAAGUAUGCAUCAGCUCAAGGUGAGACACUUGGGGCUUGUUCAGGAGAGUGAAAUAUCACAGAACGUUCACGUAGAAAUGUAUUGUGCAGAACCGACAUGCUUCUGUUAUGUAGAAUAAAGAAUUGUGUCCAAAUAUCAUAUUUCUAUCAGCAACUUUCUGAAUGUUGCAUCCUGCUAAAGAUCCCUGAAUAUCUGAAGGAGUUUUAUUGUCUGGGAAGCAGAUGUUUUUGCUCUUUUUGCAUUUGAGUCAUAGAUCCAUGACACAUAAUCCUUCUGAAUGUGUACACAGGGGCAGUGCAGGGAUAACCUUUCUACUCCCAUUUUACCACAGAUGGGUUAUAGUCGGUCAGCGUUUACUCAAACCUGGCCCUGGGGAUCCACUGGGUGUGCAGGGUUUAUUCUAGCUCAUCACUAACACACCUGAUGCAACUAAUCAAUUAAUAAUUUAACCCUGGAUUAGUUGAUUCAGGUGUGUUAGAGCUGCGAUGGCACAAAGCCCCAGACCCCAAUAGUUGCCCAGAAUCAGGAAUGAAGAACACUGUAAUAGAUUAUAUUGAGUGUGGGCAGGGGGCUGAAACUAUGUUAUGAUUGCUGAGGUGAGGUGGUUGCUUCAACAUUUUUUGGGGGGACUGGUUGUAGUUUGGGGUGGGGAAGGUUGGGAGCUCUACUUUAUGUGGCAGUAAGCCAUUUUUUAUUUUCUGGUGCAUAUUCAGUGUGGUGCAACAUUCAGAACAUAGGUAUGUUGAUGUAUAAGAAUGGACAUGGCUUUCCAUUCCGCUAGAGGAUUAAUUGUAGGCCUAUCCUAUAAUCUAUACACUAUAUAUCUAUCUGAAACACCAUAAAUGUUGUGUCUUACUGAAUAUGCCUCAGUUUUGUACUUUACAUGAUCUGAUAAGCUCAGAUGUAACUAUCACGUGAGACUGGAGUGACUACUGAGGAGAAAUUAGGUCAAGUGACUCCUGUACAUCAAUGAAGUUCUGCAGCAUGUACCUGUAAAAAUGUAAAGAAAGAUGCUUGUCUGUGGAUCCAGGUUUAAUAAAACAAAUACAAUAUUCCUAAAAGAUGCUGUUUGUGUUUUAUUUUUGUCUAAUCUCUUGACAUGUAUUAUUUAUUGGUAAAAAUAUAUAUAUUUUACAACUAUUGGGGACUAAAGAUCACUGAAAUUAUUCAGAAUGAUGAACUGCCGCAGGCAGUACAAAUAUUCAUAGUGCUUCCGAUUUCCAGCCGGACUGUAAACAUCGAUGUACAGGAAGUCGGUACAGCGUGGAUUGUGGCUGCAUUUCCAACAUGGAAAACACAACUGAAGGAAAAUGGGAUAGUUUACCCGUUAAACUUAACGACGGUAUUAUGCAAACGCUCGAUGAGCUUGGAUUUACACAUAUGACACCAGUUCAGGUAUUAACAUUUCUUUACAGUUUUCGUUUAUUUCACUCACAUGCCAUAGCCAGCUAUGCUAUGCUAACUUGCUAGUUAACUAGCUCCUCUAAUUCAAUCUCCACAGUAAUAAUUUCAAUAUUUUUAUAUUCCAGUCUGCCUGUAUUCCACUGUUUAUGCGAAAUAAAGAUGUGGCUGCCGAGGCUGUAAGUAUGACUUGACACACAUUAUUGUUUACCAUGUAACUCGGAUGUUUUGGUACUGCAUUUCUCCAGAACCAGAUUGCAUAGGUAGCUAACUAUUGGAGGGGGAAAGAUAUAAGCAACACAAAUCUUCUCGUUGCUGUUGCAGGUGACUGGCAGUGGAAAGACACUGGCCUUCGUGAUUCCCAUCAUAGAGAUACUUAUAAAGCGAGAGGACAAACUGAAGAAAAUGCAGGUAAGGUUUGGGUUAUUUCGUUUCUUAGACUUGUUAUUGCAAUGGUUACCGUUUGAGUAUAUGUGUAUGGUUGUGAGUCACUUUGACUUUUGAUAUACAGUAUUAAACUGUGAGACGUUAUGUUUCACAGGUUGGUGCGCUGAUUGUCACGCCAACAAGAGAGCUGGCCCUGCAGAUCAGUGAGGUGAUGGGCCAGUUCCUCCAGAAGUUCCCUCAGUUCAGGUAGGAGGACAGCCAGCGGAGAGAUAAAACCGGAGACAUGAAUACAGUUCAGCAAGCUCUGUUCCAGAUCUAAAAUUGUAAUUGUUCCAAGACUCAUAUUGUAAUCCUGUUAUGACCUGAACUCUUCCUCUUUCAGACAGAUUCUGUUGAUCGGAGGGAGCAACCCCAUUGAGGAUGUGGAGAAGUUCAAGGAACAGGGGUAAAUAUGCUCUUCCUCUGAUCUCACACAAAGAUGGGAGCUUUUUUGUGCCACUUGUUUUUAUCUCCAGAUCUGAUGCCAUACAGCAAGCCUGUAAAGAUACAAAAGUAUUUCCAGUCCCACGUUAAAUCAAGUACAACUUAUAAAGGCUUUAUAUAGCAUACAUAAAUGCUUCACAAAUAAUCUAAGCGUAUGUCAGAGUAUGUAUAAACAUGAAGCGUUAUGUCACAUUUGGCGGCAAUUCACCCUACAUUAGGAAUGGUUAUGUCACCCUUUAUACACCAUUUACAGAGUAUGACACACACUUAUAGAUCAUUUGUGAAGCAUUUAUGUAGUGCUUAUGAGUCCUUUAUAUAUGCAAUAUAAAGCCUUUAUAAGUUGUACUUUGUUUAAAGUGGGACUGGAUUCCCUAACUGACAAUUAAGUAUUCUAAAUCAAUGAGGUGUCUCUUCCAGGGCCAACAUAUUGAUCGCCACCCCGGGCCGUCUGGAGGACAUGUUCAGGAGGAAGGCAGACGGUCUGGACCUGGCCUUGUCAGUCAAGUUUCUGGAGGUCCUGGUCCUGGAUGAGGCUGACCGCCUGCUGGAUAUGGGCUUUGAGGCCAGGUACUAUAGUGCAAUACAAUAGACUACAACUAUGCAAUACAGUACAGUAUUGGACAUUAAGGACAUGUCCAAUACAAUAUGAUUUACUACAGUACAUUACAAUCACCAGGCUGUUGGACAUUGGCUUUAAGGUCAGGUACAACAGCACAGUACACUUUAAGUACUUCACUCUCUCCCUCCCUUUAUCUCGCUCUCCAGUCUGAAUGUUAUCCUGGGGUACCUCCCUAAGCAGCGUCGUACAGGUCUGUUUUCAGCCACUCAGACUCAGGAGCUGGAGAAGCUGGUGAGAGCUGGUCUCAGGAACCCUGUACGCAUCACAGUGAAGGAGAAGGGCGUGGCCGCCAGCUGCACCCAGAAAACACCAGCCAGGCUCUGUAACUACUACACAGUGAGUAACAUACACUGUUGGGGAUUUUAGGUUGUUCAAGUUUGGAAAUGCUGGAUUCAAAGGAUAAAGCGGACCACAACUUUAUUUUUUGAAAUGUAACUACAUGUAAUCUAAAAUGUAAUCUACGUAAUUCCCAAAAGUAAUUAUUUAUCAUGAGAGGACCAUAAACAAUAACUAGUAAUGCUGCAUACUCCAAGAAAGGUUAAAAUCCACAUAAACAGUUUGUGCACAAAACAGGAAGACCGAAACAUUCUCUCAAGGAGUCUGAGACACAUUCUCAGAGGCCUCAUUAUGAGAGCAUCCUUAUCUCUGUUUCGCUCUAUGUCCCAGCCUGUGCCAUAAAAUUACUCAUGGGCUAUAAACCAUCUGUCUAAGUGGAGACACAAACACAGGAAAAAAGACUAACCAUGAUUGAUUCUAUCUGUUAUUUCUUGUUUGUCAGAUCUGCAGAGCGGAGGACAAGUUUAACAGUCUGGUAGCGUUUCUUAGACAACACAAACAUGAGAAACAGCUGGUGUUCUUCAGGUAUGUAUCCUGCCUACACAGCUCUCCAUGUUAAAGUGUCUCACCAUGACUACAGCUACCUCUAGUAUUCUACUUAAUGGCCGACUAUAUUCAUCAACAUUGCAGACUGUGUGUUUUCUCUCUCCCUCAGUACGUGUGCGUGUGUGGAGUACUUUGGCCGAGCCUUGGAGGCCCUGAUUAAGAACGUCACCAUCCACUGCAUCCACGGCAAGAUGAAACACAAACGCAACAAGAUCUUCUCAGAGUUUAGGAGCCUAAAGGGGUGAGUCUUUUAUCCCUUGCUGUUAGCUCAGCUGAGGAGAGCAUGGGUUUGAUCUUUGCAUUGUAACGUAACGUUGUGUUUCAGUGGUAUCCUGGUGUGUACUGACGUCAUGGCCAGAGGCAUUGAUAUCCCAGAAGUCCACUGGGUAUUGCAGUACGACCCCCCUAGUUGUGCCAGUGCCUUUGUGCACCGGUGUGGACGGACAGCACGCAUCGGUAACCAAGGCAACGCCAUGGUCUUCCUGCUCCCCAUGGAGGAAUCUUACGUCACCUUCCUGUCCAUCAACCAGAAGGUAUGCCCUUUGUGUUUCCCUCUCCAUCCCUCUCCAUCUCGCUUGCCUUCCACGCUCUCUCCACCCCUCUCUCUCUCUAUUUAAAACCAACCUGCCCCUCCCUUUCUCCUGACAGUGUCCUCUGGAGCAGAUGGUCCCAGUGAGUGACGUGGUGGAUGUUCUGCCCAAGGUGAAGGCCCUGGCUCUGGCAGACCGGGCCAUGUUCGACAGGGGCAUGAGGGCAUUCGUCUCCACCGUACAGGCCUACGCCAAACACGAGUGCAGCCUCAUCUUCAGGGUCAAAGGUCAGAACAAAUCCCUUUUACCUUCCCUGUGUACAGACCCUCAAAUAUGAAAAUGAUCGAUUGUGUUGUUAGAUUGUUUAUGCUAUGGUCUGAGGAGAAUUAUGUUUAUGAUGUCAUCCUCCUCCUGUCAUUGGUCAGAUCUGGACUUUGUUGCGCUGGCCCGUGGCUUCGCCCUCCUCCGCAUGCCCAGGAUGCCCGAGCUGAAAGGGAAGAACUUCCCAGACUUCAUAGAAACGACCAUAGACACAGACAACAUCCGCUACAAGGACAAGCAGCGGGAGAAGCUGAGGCAGAAGCUGCUGAUUGAGUUGAAGGUGAAGAGAGAGGAGAGGGCCGCUGCCCCCAAGAGACACAACGAUAAGAACAAAGCCUGGUCCAAACAGAAGAACAGGAAGGACCGCAGGAGGAAGACUGCUGCCAAGAGGAACCGGGAUGAGGUAUUUAGUCUUUUAGAGCGUUAAGGGACGGUUUUCCAGACUCAGAUUAAGCCUAGUCCUGAACUAAAAUGCACUUUCAAUGGAGAUUUCCCAUUGAUAUACAUUUUUAGUCCAGGAAAUGGGCCCUAAAAUGCUUUCAGAACAUCUUUAAACAUGGGAGCAGGGCCCAUAUGCAGAAAGAAAGUAGGACAUCAGAUGACUGUUAAUUAAUUAACCCUUUGUGUGUGCGUGUUCUCUUCAGGGCUCGGAUAUGGACGAUGAGGACAUGAAGGAGCUGUUGAAAGACACUCGUCUCCUGAAGAGAUUGAAGAAGGGACAGAUCAGCGAGGAGGACUUUGAGAAACAGUUGACAGCAGGACCGAAGAGCCAGAGGAAGACAGCAACAGGCCCCUCAGAGGACCCACCCAGCUCAGCGGGAGAGGAGGACGUAUGAAACACAACACACCGGUCAGUGUUUUCCCCAAUGUUCUAUCAGCAGGUCAGGCUGUCCAACUAGCCCUGUUGACCCUGGAAAAACAGAACAUUUUUUAUAUUUUAGGGGGGCCCUUUAUGCCCCGCCUAGAGAACAACCAUAGGGGAAACACUGCCUGUUACACUAAGAAGCAGGCCAGGACCACCCAUUGAAUGUUGAAUACACUUAAAAUAGAGCCAACUGUUUUGCAUCUAUUACUCUGUUAUGAACCAGAGAGAUUCACCGCCUUUCAGGAAAGUUUUAUGUAUACAGUGUAAAGUUAUGUGCAACAUCAUUUUCUAAUUAACAAUCUAUAAAGAUACAAACUGAUUCACC